AUGAAUUUACGAAUACGCUGCAGCUCUGAUCUAGAUUUUAAAUACUUCGUGCUGUGUUCAUGCUGCGUAGAUCCUUCACUUCUGCCUAAGCUCAAGAGCGACGCUAGUUCCGGGCAGAUCCUCCUAAUCACCGAGAGCGGGGCCGUCGCGGCGACGUGGACCGAGAAGGGUCUCCAGAGGGCCGUGGCCAACGCCCGCCCCCCUGCUACGUCAGCGUCCGCCCGCCCAAUCAGCGCGCAACGGCCCGCGGCGGCCGUGCGAAUUUUUACGGCGCCUUCCAACGACCUUUUUGUCGACACAGGCUGCCGCGGCGAUCGCGUGACGCUGGUCGCUUCCCAGGAAGCCAGAAGUUCGGGGCGCUUUCAGAAAAUGUUAGCCGCCUGGGAUAUGAAUAGAGAUAUUUCUAUAAGAAGAGACCGCUUUGACAGUUGCUGUUUGGCAACUGCUGGAAUCAUAACUGCAAGUUCAUGCACUGAUCUUGUCAAACGCAAAAGAAAUGUCUUACAAUUAAUAAUAAAUAUAUAA